CACUCUCAAAUUGUACUGCAUCUAAUAAUUAUUUGUUUUGAAUUAAUCAUUUAUUUGGUUCAUCAAAUUCACAAUUAAAAGAUAAUUCAUAUUGGUUUUUAAAAUCUUUAUCACUUGAUGAUAUUCAUUAUAAACGACAAUUAUUAGGAGAUUUUCAAAAAAUAAAAACUUAGGUACAUAUGUUGCGAGAUUAGGUUUUUGGUUUACUAAAACUGAUCCAACAGAUAUUGAAUUUAAUUAUUGUUUUAAUGAAAAUGAAUUUAAUUAUCGUGGUAAACAAGAUGAUAAAUGUGUUAUGAUGAUUAAUGAUAUUGAAAGAAAUAAUUAUUGUUUUACAGAUGAAAAUGGUUUAGUUUCAAAAGGUUUAGCUAAAUUAAUUGCAGAAAAACUUCAUUGUUAUCAACAAGAAAAUUUAAUUAUUCCAUCAGCUUAUUAA